UUGGUAUAUUUCUACUGCUGAAUCUGGUGCUUUUUAAAUAAUUCUCCUAACUGAGCUCAGAGUACAUUGUGAAUGUAGUAUAAGCGAGGGAGACUGACGUUUGGACGUUGGGGUGUAUUUCCCUUUAAAUGCUCUGCUGAUCUGAGCGGAGAUCGUCAGACGCUCGGAGGCGACGGUCGAUCUGAGCACAAUGCGCUGACGGACGUGUGUGUUUGGGGCGAUGUUCAGACUGGUUUGUCAUGGAAGUGGAUGCUACACCGAAAUUUUCCUCCAAAGAUGAGGAAAUAAACUUCUGGAAGUCUCUUUACCUCAAGUACAAGAAAAGCUGCCAGGAGGCUCAGGAGGAGCUGCUGGAGUUUCAGGAGGGGAGCAGGGAGCUGGAGGCGGAGCUGGAGGUGCAGCUGGGCCAGGCCGAGCAUCGCAUGAAGGACCUGCAGUCUGAGAACCAAAGACUCAAGAAUGAGGUGGAGACACUUAAGGACAAGCUGGAGCAUCAGUGCUCUCAGAGCUACAAGCAGGUCUCCGUGCUGGAGGACGACCUGAGCCAGACGCGCAGCAUCAAGGAGCAGCUCCACAAAUACGUCCGGGAGCUGGAACAGUCCAACGACGACUUGGAAAGAGCCAAGAGAGCUACUAUCGUGUCUCUGGAGAACUUUGAGCAGCGCCUGAACCAGGCCAUCGAGCGGAACGCCUUCCUGGAGAGCGAGCUGGACGAGAAGGAGUCUCUGCUGGUGUCCGUGCAGCGGCUGAAGGACGAGGCCAGAGACCUGCGGCAGGAGCUGGCCGUGCGAGAGCGGCAGGCGGACGUGGGCCGCAUGUCGGCGCCGAGCUCGCCCACGCAGGACAGCGUGAAGAUGGACACGGCGGUGCAGGCCUCGCUGUCCCUCCCCGCGACGCCGCUCAGCAAAGGGCUGGACCGCGCCUUCGCCGACCCCACAGUGCUCUCCAACGGCUACGGCAGCAACUCGCCGCUGACGCCCUCCGCCAGGAUAUCGGCCCUCAACAUCGUCAGCGACCUGCUCCGGAAGGUCGGGGCUCUGGAGUCCAAACUCGCCGCCUGCAGGAACUUCGCCAAGGACCAGAAGGCCAGGAAGGCGUGCCCGCUGGACAACAGCAACACGCUCAACGCAAACACCACCGCCUACUCCCAGUCGCUGCACACGUCAUACUACGACAAAGCGACGGUGAACGGGUUGGAACCUGGUACCCUGACGGCCAUCACCACCGCUCCCGCCGCCUCCUCCCCGGGCUUGGUGCCGCUCGCUGUGUGACCUUAAACCUCCACACAUCCAGCAGAAAAGGACAGAAACCAGUCGGGUGGAAAACACUGUCUAAACGUCGUUGUACUGUUUGUCCUGGAUGCUCUGUGUCUGUUGUUCUGACUCGACACUUGUGCUUCGUUCUUACUGUAAUUAUGGUCU